AUGCUCCGAGAAAUUGUAGUCAGCGCCUCUCCCCUCCGAACUGUCGACGCGGUCGAGGGCGGGACUGCACAAGGUUAUGCUAAACUCGACGUGUGCCUGAUGUUUCAUUCAAGCUUGCCUCCAGACAUAAGCUCCCUGAUGCUGAGGAGGAGGAGGAAAGUACAGGAUGAUUCAGGCAUCAAUAGCGAACCAUGA